AUGGCAAUCACAGACAUAAAAAAAAAACCAACAUUAAAAAGUAAUGGUAGUGCAGUUGUAAAAAAAACAACUACAACAUCAAUAGCAGCAGCACCAAAGAAAUCGACAUUGACAGAAAAACCAAAACAAAUUGUAAAAAAAGUAAUUAAAAAACAAGAGGAAAAAGAAGUUAAAGAAGAAGAAGAAGAAGAAGUUAAAGAAGAAAUUAAAAAAGAAAUUAAAAAAGAAAUUAAAAAUGAAGAAUUAGAUGAAGAUUCAUUAUUAGAAAAAGAAGAAGAAGAAAAAGAGAUUGAAGAAUUUAUAAAUAAUACAAAUCAAAAGAAAUCAGAAGAAGAGGAAAAGAAAUAUGAGAAUGUUACAUUUGAAUCAUUGGGAGUUCACCCACAAAUUAUUGAUGCAUGUAAUAAAUUAGGAUUUAAUAAACCAAAAGAGAUUCAAAGGGAAUCUAUUCCAUGGGCAUUAAAAGGUAGAGAUAUUAUUGGGUUGGCACAAACUGGUUCUGGUAAAACAGCAGCAUUCGUAAUUCCAGUAUUACAAAAGCUAUUGGAAGCACCACAAGGUUUAUUCUGUUUAGCAUUGGCACCCACUAGAGAAUUAGCAUAUCAAAUUGCCGAUCAAUUCAAUGCAAUCGGUUCAACGAUUGGUGUGAAAACUUGUGUAUUAGUUGGUGGUAUUGAUUCAAUGUCACAAUCAUUGGCAUUGGCAAAGAAACCACAUGUGGUCGUAGGUUCACCAGGUAGAGUUUUACAUCAUUUGGAGCAUACAAAAGGUUUCAAUUUACGUUCUAUUAAAUACUUUAUUAUGGAUGAAGCCGAUCGUUUAUUCUCUGCAGAUUUCGAAGAGGAAGUUAACAACAUUCUAAAAGUGAUACCAAAAGAGAGAAACACAUACCUUUUCUCUGCUACAAUGACAUCAAAAGUUGCAAAACUUCAAAGAGCAUCAUUGGUUAAUCCAGUGAAAGUUCAAGUUGCAUCAAAAUAUCAAACUGUAGAUACAUUACUUCAACAAUACCUUUUCGUACCAUUUAAAUAUAAAGAUUGUUAUUUAGCAUACAUUUUAAAUGAAUUGGCGGGUAAUUUAACCAUUAUUUUCACAUCGACUUGCGCAUCAUCCACAAAGAUUGCAAUGAUGUUAAGAAAUUUAGGAUUUGGUGCAAUUCCAAUCAAUGGUGAUAUGGAUCAAGGUAAACGUUUAGCAUCUUUAAAUAAAUUUAAACAAGGUACAAAAUCAAUUCUAGUGGCAACCGAUGUUGCUGCUAGAGGUUUAGAUAUCCCAUCAGUUGAUUUAGUCAUCAAUUAUGAUGUACCAACCAAUUCAAAAGAGUACGUUCACAGAGUUGGUAGAACUGCUCGUGCUGGUAAUUCUGGUCGUGCCAUCACUAUCGUCACUCAAUACGAUGUUGAAAUGUAUCAACGUAUUGAAUUUGUUUUAAAGAAAAAGUUGGAUUCUUUCCCAUGUCAAGAAGAAACAGUUUUAAUCUUUUUAGAAAGAGUUCAAGAAGCUCAUAGAAUUGCAACAAAUGAAUUAAAAGAUAAAAAUUAUUCAAGUUCUUCUGAUAGACAUUCUGGUGAUUCUGAAGGUUCAAUUGAUAUAAAUAAAAGAAAAGUUAUUAAAAAAGUUCAUAAAAAGAAAAAGUAUUAA